AUGGCUUCGCCCUCAGCCACAGACUCUCCAGAAGAGGAGAGCACCGAUGUCCCCGAGGUGACGCAAGCAGAGACGAGAGUGGCCGUGUCGCGACUCCGGGCUAAGAACACAGCGCCCGGACCCGACGGAGUUCCUGGUCGAGCUCUCGUCCUGGCUCUGAAGGAGCUAGAGCCCCUGCUGAGAGGGCUCUUCACGGCAUGUCUCGAGCAGGGUCAGUUUCCCAGUGUGUGGAAGGAGGGGAGGCUGGUCCUGCUCAGGAAGGAGGGGCGCCCCGCGGACUCACCGUCCGCGUACCGGCCCAUAGUGCUGCUCGACGAGGCGGGCAAACUUCUUGAGCGUAUCAUCGCAGAUCGCCUCGUCGGCCACUUGUGCAGAGAGGGGCCGGACCUGGACGAGAACCAGUUUGGUUUUCGUCGCGGGCGCUCCACCAUAGACGCUAUUACGCGCGUGAGGGCCCUGGCGGAGAAGACAGUAUCCCGGGGUGGGGUGGUGCUGGCGGUGUCUUUAGACAUCUCCAACGCCUUCAACACCCUACCCUGGAGUUGUAUUCGGGAGGCACUGAAUUACCAUCGCGUGCCUCCCUACCUCCGCCGCAUAAUAGGGGCUUACCUUGAGGAGAGAUGCGUUACCUAUUGGGGACGUGACGGCGCUGGUCGGCGCGUCAUGUCGUGCGGUGUUCCGCAGGGAUCGGUCUUGGGACCGCUCCUGUGGAACAUCGGCUACGACUGGGUGCUGAGAGGUGAACUCCCGUCGGGCGCCGAAUUGACGUGUUAUGCGGAUGACACGCUCGUCACUGCCCGGGGGAGUUCGCACAGGGAAGCAGCGUUGGUUGCCACGGCUGCGGUGUCACAAGUGGUGAACCGCAUCCGGCGCCUGGGCCUGGAGGUGGUCCUAAUUGCUUACAGUUAUAUAUAG